AAUUGGGCCUUUCAAAGGAUUGUUCUCAAAGGGCGUGUUUAAUAUUCUGUUCGGACAAGAUUUCGGACACUCCUUGGCUUAGUCAAGACUGUCACGUGUGCUGCAGGAUGGAGGGCCGUCAACGACUUGGACUUGCAAGUUGAACAUAUGGUGGAAAUGCGCUUUCCAGACUCGACGGCUUUAUGUGAUCCUGUCCGUGUUGCCUCCCUGGCCGUAUCACUGCUGCAAUCAGAGGCGUAUCAACCGCUGCUUCUUUUGUCAUCCAAAUUUGUCAAGGAUCGCCACCGACUGUUGGACGGUAGCCCAUUUGCAGACCCGGUCGAACUGUUCCAGUGGCAAAAAGACAAUGCGCGAGAGUUACUUCAGCUAUGGGAUGCAGCAAAGGAUAUGCCGCCAGACACUCCCGUGUAUUACCGGGUAUGGGACUGUGAAACCGUCCAUGCCUGUGUUCCUUUUGCGCGUGACAGGUGGAGCGGACGAGCAGGUUUAGUUGUUCUCUGCAGGGUGGAGAAUAAGUGGUUGUUCCACAACCUUUUGGAAACGCCCGCUGGUUUAGAAGCCUAUUGUCAGGAUUGGUCAAAAAGUAUGGAGGAAGCUGUCGACGCCGUAGGGCGACAGAAUGAAUCACUCGUUGUGAAAGACGUUUGCGAUGAUGAGAAGGAGUACUGGGAAUCGUACGAUCUGGUGAUGGAUGACAAGCCUGUCGAUGCCACUCAGGCUAGUGGUAGUGAUCAAGUAGACUCUGAUGACGACUAUUGGGCAGCCUAUGAUAAGGCCAUGAGCUGACAGUCUUGCUUAAUCUCUGAAUACUGAACCUUGUAGUCAUGUUAAAUAUGCAAAUACCUUGUACAUAUCCAUAAUAAAGAAAAAAAAACGUAUGAAAAUC